CAGAUAAAGAAAGGGCUUAUAAACAAUCAGGAAUUCAUAUUAAGUUGCUGAGCCAGGAGGGUGACAGCCUUUAACAAGCCUUAGAGACGCCAGGAGACUGCUAUCAUGGCGGGGAAGCCCAAGCUUCACUACUUCAAUGGACGGGGCAGAAUGGAAUCCAUCCGGUGGCUCCUGGCUGCAGCUGGAGUGGAGUUUGAAGAGAAAUUUAUAAAAACUCCAGAAGAUUUGGAAAAGUUAAGAAAUGAUGGGAGUUUGAUGUUCCAGCAAGUGCCCAUGGUUGAGAUUGACGGGAUGAAGCUGGUGCAGACCAGAGCCAUUCUCAACUACAUCGCCACCAAGUACAACCUCAACGGGAAAGACAUGAAGGAGAGAGCCCUGAUUGAAGUAUAUACAGAAGGUGUGGCAGAUUUGUGUGAAAUGAUCAUGCCUCUGCCCUUAUGUCCUCCUGAUCAAAAAGAUGCAAAGAUUGCUCUAAUCAAAGACAGAACAACAAAUCGCUAUUUCCCUGCCUAUGAAAAAGUGUUGAAGAGCCAUGGACAGGACUACCUUGUUGGCAACAGGCUGAGCCGGGCUGACAUUCACCUGGUUGAACUUCUCUACUAUGUGGAAGAGCUUGACCCCAGCCUUAUCAGCAACUUCCCUCUGCUGAAGGCUCUGAAAACCAGAAUCAGCAACCUCCCCACUGUGAAGAAGUUUCUGCAGCCUGGCAGCCAGAGGAAGCCUCCUGCAGAUGAGAAACAUAUAGAAGAAGCAAGGAAAAUUUUCAAGUUUUAAUAAAGCAGGCAUGGAUGCCAAGCACAUGCAAGAACCACCUUCUGAUGUAUUACAAGAAAGAAGUGCUUUACCUAAAUGUUGAUUCUGAUUACUGUGAGGCUAAUAAACUUUUCCAAAGUAUAUGUGCUAAUUUAAUUGGAAAUCAUCUAUAGAGAUUUAGUUGUAAUACCAUUUACUUGGUUUUUAUCAAGUUUGAAAUCAUGAUCACUUCCUAGCAUUUCUCUCUGAAUUUAAAUAAAAGCAUAAAA